AUGGAUGAUGUUGGUGUUGAUAGGAUUGGUGGGAAUAAGGAUGAUGCAGCUAAUGAUAUUGAUCAGGGAUUUAAUGAAUUUGAUGAGGCAGCUAAUGAUAUUAACCAUGGAUUUAAUGAAUUUGAUAAGGCAGCUAAUGACUUUGAUCUUGGGUUGUACCAACAUAUUUUACAAUCUAAUGAACAAAAUGUAGAUGAUGAGGUUCAUGAAGGUGAGGACAAUGCAGUUAAUAAGGAAGUCACUGAAGAAGAGAAUCAUGAAAGAAAUGAAAUGAAUGAUGAGAAUGUAAAGAUGAGAGAUUUUGCAGUUGAUGAUGGAAGUGAAGAUAAGACAGAGACUGAUAAAGAGAAUCAUGAAAAAAGUGAUGAGAGUGAGGACAGUGAUGAUAGUGAUUUCUGGGUGGAUGAAGACAACAUAAUCCCUGAUGUAGAAGUAGAUAUGAGGGAUUUUUACAUGAAUAUGAGAUUCACUGGAUGA